AAAUCUACUACUCGUCCUGAUCCCUCUGUUAUCGACUUGUUGGGACUGUUUCAGCCUUCGGUGAAAGGACGACGAGGACUUCCUGGAACUAAAGUGUUCGUGUUCGAUUCCACAGCCUCUCUGGCAACUGUGUUCAAUAAUCUGUGAGAUGGCCACCGCGCCUCAGCCUUCGUUUCAAAUGAGCUCGACGGAUCUGAUCCGGAGAGAGCCGCUGGACUACGGGGGCUUCGGGGACGUGUACCUGUGCUACCACGUGACCCUGGGCCAGGUGGUGCUGAAGACCAUGUACACGGGCUCCCUGCGCAACGAGGAGAGUAAGAGGUCACUGCUUGAGGAAGGGAACAUCAUGGCAAGUCUGAGCCACGAGCGGGUGGUCAAGUUGUUGGGUGUGAUCAUGGAGGAUAGAGACUGCUCACUAGUCAUGGAACUCAUCCCCAGGGGCAAUCUACUAGUCAUGCUUCAAAAGGUCUCUGUACCAGUAUCCGUCAAAGGUAGAAUCAUUUUAGAGAUUUUGGAAGGGAUGGUGUACCUGACAGAGAAACGUGUCAUACACAAGGACAUCAAGCCAGAAAACAUUUUAGUGGACAAGGAUUUUCACAUUAAGAUAGCGGACAUGGGCCUGGCCACCUGCCGGACAUGGAGCAAACUCACAAGGGAGGAGUUUCGCAGGAGGAGUCGUAUCAGCCAAUCAUCUGGGACAAGAGGUGCCGGCACUCUGAGCUACAUGGCUCCUGAGCACCUGGCGAGUGUACACACUGCAUCCACUGAGAAAUCUGAUGUCUACAGCUUUGCCAUCGUGGUUUGGGUCAUUCUCACCGGGGAAGAGCCAUAUGCAAAUGCCAGGAGUGAAGAACAGAUCAGCCAGUGUGUUUGUAAAGGUGAACGACCAGCAGAGGAUUCUAUUCCAGAAGACACGCCUGCAGCAAUAAUUCACUUCAUGAGGGAUUGCUGGAAUCACCAUCCACAGCAGCGACCAACAUUUAAAGAGGGCUACGACUUCUUCCUUCCUUUCUACGCGGAAAAUCUUGAACCACAUAUAGAGGAAGAUUUACUUCUUCUGAAGAAUUUAUACGAAGGCCCAGAUGAUCUUGUUGAGAAGAUGAAAUAUUUAUCAGAGACCAAUGAAUGUUUUUCUGCAGACUGCCCUGCUCCUUUGGUGAGUUCAGACAGAAGUGUACCUGUGCCAGUUGAAGCCAGUAUUGAAGACCUGCAUGUCAUUCAGCACGAGGAGUCUAUUCAGACCGACGCCAGGGGAAAUAACAACACUUCAGCGUUGGGUGAGAAACUUCAUCGGGAGUUUCUGUACCACAAACAUGGAAGCUAUAACUAUGAAAACCAGACAGACCCUAUGAACUGCUUCCAACGCACCAACUCCAAUCCCUUCCUGCCAUACCACAACAGCACUUCAGAUCACACUGCAAUGCAACCAGAACAAGACAAGCAGCCUGUGUCCUCUGUCCAUUCCUGGACUAAAGCUGAGCCAGUGCAGAGCACCAGCCAGGACAUGUGGUGCCGCCCCACAUCUGGUCUCUACGAGUCCAUGAACUCAACUGAAUCUGCUGCAACCCUAUUGCCAAUGUCCACCAGCGCUCCCUCACCAGAUCAGUACAACCAGCAACAGCCACAUUCCAACUUUAACCGUCAGGAGUCUUGGCCCGUUUACCCAGUGAAUGAAACAUCUGCUCCGGACAUUGCUCCGGGGCGUCUCCUGCCACAAGAGCCAGGGUCUAUUUUCAUUCAUAAUGCCAGAGGGAUUCAGAUUGGAAACAGCAACGUGUUGAUGAUCAGAGAUUAUGAGCUAACCAAUAGUUCAUUAUCUGCAUCUCCUAGAAGCUCGACCAUCUCUCUCAUCAAAGAAAGCAUUCAGAAAUACGAGAACUAUGCUGUGACUGAGGAGCACCUGGAUCUGCUGCGGGGCAACAUUGGAUCCAAAUGGAAGCUUUACGCGCGCCACCUUGGUUUGACCAGUGUGGAAAUAGAGACCAUAGAGCACGACUAUUCCCGCGACGGCCUGCCAGAGAUUGUGCACCAAAUGCUGGAGCGCUGGAAAAUGAAGGAGGGAAGUAUCGGCUGCACAUUUGGGAAGCUUUGUCAGGCUCUGUCAGGAAACAUAACGCUGGAUGUCAUGCAGAAAAUGCUGGACAUCUGCAGUUUGUCUUCCCCAAUCUCAUAAACUUCUGUUUUCACCUGUUAGAUUUUCCACAUGCCUUCAAAGUGACUUUCUAAAAAACAAAAAAAGUCUUUUGGUUUUAUGCACCAAGGUUUUUGAGCUAUUCCGACAACCACAGAGCUCACUGAAAUUCUCUUAAAAUGAAUGACCACUGUACAGUAGUCACUCGCUUUGAUGAAAUGUUGUUUGGACCUGAUUAUUGUUGCAUU